AUGGCUUUCAUUAAUUUGGAUGCCCGGUGCCUAUAUACUGUCCUUAUUUGUGGAUUAUUUAACUGCAUUUCAUCUUUUAAUGUUGAAAUGAAAGUUAAUCCCCCUCGGGAUUUCCAAAUAAUAGAUCUUGGAUAUUUAGGCUGCCUGUAUUUACAGUGGAGGCCUCCAUUACUUCUGGAUAAUUUUAAGGAAUGCUCAGUAGAAUAUGAACUGAAAUACCGCAACUUGGGUGGUGAACGUUGGAAGACUAUUAUUACUACUAAGCUAUAUUACAAAGAUGGAUUUGAUCUUAACAAGGGUGUUGAAGCUAAGGUACACACACUUCUAUCAGAAUGCACAAAUGGAUCGGGUUUUCAAAGUUCAUGGUCAGAAGCUACUUAUCGGACACACUUAGAAGGAAAUCUAGAAACGAAAAUUCAGGAUAUGAAUUGUAUCUAUUACAACUGGCAAUAUUUACUCUGUUCUUGGAAUCUUAGUAGUCAUGUCCCUUUGGACACCAAUUACCAUUUAUUUUACUGGUAUGAUGGCUUGGAUCGAGCAACAGAGUGUGACAAAUACAUAAUAUUUAAUGGAAAAAAUAUUGGAUGCAAGUUUCCCUACUUGAAGUCUUCAGACUAUAAAAAUUUCUACAUCUGCGUUAAUGGAUCAUCACAUUCCAUGUCUAUCAGAUCCAGCUAUUUCAUUUUCCAGCUUCAAAAUAUAGUUAAGCCAUUGCCACCAGACCACCUUGCUCUUACUGUGAAGGAUUCAAAUGAUAUCGAUCUGAAAUGGGACGUGCCCAAAGGACCCAUUCCAGCGAGGUGUUUCAUUUAUGAAAUUUUAUUAUCGGAAGACAAUUCUACCUGGGUGGUAUGA